AACCCAUAAUCACUUACCCCCUAAAAUAAUUGAAACGAUGACGACAAGAGAGGCAAGAAUAGCAAGGAGUGAAAAACUCAGUUUUGCAAAGCUUUGAAUGGAGACCAAAAAGAAGGCCAUACUAUUUCUUCCAUGUACCUUUCCUUCAUAAUUACUCGUUAUCCACCUUCUUUAUAACCUUAACGCCAUUCCCUCUCUUCAACUCAACCAAAAAUUUGCCUACCCAUUUUCCCAAUCCUUGCUUCUGAGCUUUCGUUUUGCACCUUCCAAUGGCAGAUCUCAGCCCCAGGUCUGAGAUCUCAUUCUUGCAAACUUUCCUGUGCAGUGCUUUCGCUGCCUGUUUCGCUGAGUUCUGUACCAUUCCUUUAGACACUGCUAAAGUCAGGCUCCAGCUCCAAAAGAAAGCAGUUGUGGGGGAUGCAACUGGCUCACAGAAAUAUAAGGGCUUGUUUGGUACUAUGGCUACCAUCGCUAGGGAAGAAGGUUUAGCAGCACUUUGGAAUGGCAUAAUUCCAGGAUUACAACGCCAGUGUAUUUACGGAGGCUUAAGAAUUGGGUUAUAUGAUCCUGUCAAAAUUUUCCUUGUUGGCAGUGCUUUUGUUGGAGAUAUUCCUCUGUUCCACAAAAUACUUGCUGCUCUAUUGACUGGUGCUCUGGCAAUCAUAGUGGCUAAUCCAACAGACCUUGUGAAGGUUCGACUUCAAGCUGAAGGAAAAUUGCCAGCUGGAGUUCCUAGGCGUUAUUCUGGAGCUGUAGAUGCUUAUUUCACUAUAGUGAGACAGGAAGGAGUAGGGGCCCUGUGGACUGGGCUGGGGCCAAAUGUAGCACGAAAUGCUAUUAUAAAUGCAGCUGAACUAGCCAGUUAUGAUCAAGUAAAGGAGACGAUUUUGAAAAUUCCAGGGUUCAUGGACAAUAUUUUCACUCAUCUCCUAGCUGGUCUGGGUGCCGGUUUUUUUGCAGUUUGUAUUGGCUCUCCUGUUGAUGUGGUGAAAUCUAGAAUGAUGGGAGAUUCUACUUACAAAAACACCUUUGACUGCUUCGUCAAAACUUUGAAGUAUGAGGGAUUUUUGGCCUUUUAUAAAGGGUUCCUCCCAAACUUUGGUCGGCUAGGAUCUUGGAAUGUGAUUAUGUUUCUAGUGCUAGAGCAAGCGAAAAAUAUUUUCAGGGUAUGAAUCUGCUCUCCUGAUUUUGAGUUUCCGUGAAGACACAACUUUUGCUUGGGAAUUGCCUCUUCAAUUGUUAAAGAUCCGUUCUUUUUUAUCUUUUUUGUCCCCUCUGCAAGAUUUCUUUUACUUUUCCAUUUUAUGCAUAGUAGUGUUACAUCAUUGAUCAUUGUAUCACUGGAGAGGAUAUGAAAGGUUUAGAAGGCAUCAUUGCAUUGUACCACAGAGAACUGUGGGAAGCUACUUCCCUUCCACUGUACCGGAUAGUAACAUAAUAUUUACUAUCCAGAUAAUUUAUUACAAUGCCAUUUGAAUGGAUA